UCUUUCCCAAAUUAAAGUCAAGAAGAACCGCAAUUCCCAAAUUGCAGCCAAAGUUUUAAGAAUUCCCAAAGUACCGUCCACGUCACCGGUUCAGGGGGAAGAAAUUUUAAAUCCGGUCUACAGCAAAACCGCUACCUGAAGUAGCGGUUUUUACUAAUAAACCGCUACUUCAGGUAGCGGUUUCUUUUUAAUAAACCGCUACUUCAAGUAGCGGUUUUUGUUUAAUAAACCGCUACUUCAAGUAGCGGUUUUCUAGCAGGUAUAAUUUCCUGAUUUCACUUUCCUCUUUCAUUUUCGUCUUCUCACCAAAAUCCCAUCCACGCCUUCCACCAAAAUCACACCUCCUUCAACGGAAGCCGGCGCAGCCAAGGAAUCCACCGACGCCGCCGGAGCAUUCCUCAGCAACGAAGGCCGCCGCUGUUGACGCCGAGGGUUCGACGUGUCCAUCUAUCGUGUGCGCAUACUGCUUCUGGACUACCAUACUACAGAGAUGCGUUUGACCAUCAGCGCGAGGACCAGAUGAUUUGGCAGCCAUAUACUGAGGCGGUGAUGGAUCGACUUCCGGAGAUUUGUCGCUCAGACAUGCACAUUUGGCGUUCACGGGCACCUCUGAUAUGCUUUGACGUCGUUGAGUUCCACCUCCCAGACCGAGUCCUUCGUCAGUUCGGGUUAGACCAGCCGAUCCCACAGGAUGUAGACACGGACGUUGCUCUACACAGGAAGGAUCGAAGGGGAAAGCGUAAUUGGGAGAUUCGGCAUUCGGACCAUGUACACGAGUGGAGUCGACGAGAGGCAUUAGUCGUCCAGGGAUACCCGUUCACUGGGACUUCUUCCCCGGCCAUGACAGAGUACAUGGCUUGGUACCGUCGCAUCACGAGACUGGUCAUUACUCCACCUUCGCAGGAGCGCCCCCCGAGUCAUUACCAGCCAGCUACCUCUGACCUCCUGCUUGCACAUGCAUUUGCUGAUUUGCACGUCCAGCUAUCGGGAGCUACUGAGACCAUCUCCCACUUGCCACCAGAGACGGCUAUACCAUUUGCCAUACAGACGAUGCAGGGUUUUACAUCAUUUUGUGGCCAAACCUUGUCUAGGGUGGGGCAGUCACACCUUAUUCAGCAGCCUCGACCGUCCACGUCUUCAUCUUCUACUGUGCACACUAUGCCGAUCAGACCACCACCUCAUCGUGGAGGCCAUUCAGCACGUGCCUUCCGUCCACCGACUCCUUCUCAGCAUACUAUCAUGACAUCUCCUCCACUAGUGCAUCGCCAGUAUCAGAGAAACCGACGGCGUAGCAACACUACGUCUGGGGUUGGAGUUGGCCUGGAUGACAUUCCAGAGGAGACAGCUGCAUCAUCUUCAUCGUCACCUCAUGGGAAGAAGCAACGCCCGAGCUAAGUGUAUAUUUUGGAACUAAACUAAUUUUUUUGUAAAUGCUUAGAAUUGGAUUUUGUUAUAUUUAAUCAAUUGAAAAAUAUUCGACUUUGCAA